AUAUGUAGAGUGUGAAGGACGCAGGUUAAGCAGAAGAAGAGGAUUAUGGUGUCACGGUGCUCGGUGGCGGCGCUGCUGCUGGCGGUGGUGAUGCGUCUGAGCCGCGGGGGGGCGUUCACCUGCCCGCCGAUCUGCAGCUGCACCGCGGACACACUGAGCUGCACCGCGCAAACCGAGAGGAGAACCCGGGUACCAUCCUCCACCACUAGCACCAACCUAAGAUUAGCGCACCUGCCUUUGAAAGAAGUGCAAAGUGGAACAUUUCGAGGUCUCAUCAACGUGUCCAGAAUUGAAAUUUCUCAAAGUGACUCCAUCAGAAAAAUAAAAGGCGAGGCAUUUCUCUCGAUCCACAACGUUAUCGAAAUCUCAAUUCUGAACAUCAUUCACCUGUCAGCUAUGGAAAAGGGUGCAUUCACAGAUCUGCCAAGACUGAGAUACCUGAGCAUCUGCAACACGGGAAUAAGGCAUUUCCCAGAUUUUUCUCGCAUCUCCUCACUGGGGCUGGAAUUCUUCCUGGACAUGGGAGACAACAUUCAGCUGAAUAACAUCCCAGCCAACGCGUUUCAAGGCAUAUCCAAGGCGGACAUGUACAUGAAUCUGGUCAGAAAUGGAUUUACCCAGAUCGAAUCUCACGCCUUCAACGGGACCAGACUGGAAAAGUUGAUUAUGAAAGACAACUGGCACCUCAUUAAAAUCCAUGAUGAUGCUUUUGAGGGAGCUGAAGGACCAACGUUGUUGGAUGUAUCAUCCACCGCUCUAAAAUCGCUCCCUACACGAGGACUGAGAGGGGUGAAGGUUCUCAUAGCGCGCUCUACACCUUCCCUAAAGACCCUCCCUCCACUUGAUAACCUCGCAGAGCUUCAGGAGGCCGACCUCACCUACCCAAGCCACUGCUGCGCCUUCCACACCUGGAAACGCAACAACAGGGAGACCGCUGUAUUUGACCGCUUUAAGAACCUGACCAUGCUGUGCAACAUGGAUGACCAAGCAAAUAACAUGGACCCAUCAGGUGACGAUCUUAACGACAUCAAUUUCCACUACCCCGAUCUGGAGUUGUGCGCCAGCAGUAGCUCCUUCAAGUGCACCCCGGAACCGGACGCCUUCAACCCUUGCGAGGACUUGCUGGGUCAUACCUUCCUGCGUGCCAUCACUUGGAUUGUCACUGUUUUCGCUCUCGUGGGAAACCUGGCAGUGCUGCUCGUUCUACUCCUGAGCCACCAGAAGCUGAGCGUCUCCCGGUUCCUCAUGUGCAACUUGGCCUUCGCGGAUCUGUGCAUGGGCUUCUAUUUGCUGCUUAUCGCCGUGGCGGACUAUCGCUCGCGUCAAGAGUACUACAACCACGCUACGGACUGGCAGACUGGCAUGGGAUGUGGGGUAGCUGGGUUCUUGACCGUCUUCGCAAGUGAACUGUCGAUCUAUACUCUCACCAUGAUUACCCUAGAGCGCUGGCACACCAUCACUCAUGCCAUGCAGAUGAGCAGGAGACUGAGGCUUCGCCACAUGGUCACCAUGAUGGCGAUUGGUUGGGGAUUUUCCUUUGUAAUCGCUCUGCUUCCUGUAGUUGGCGUCAGCAGCUACUCGAAGGUGAGCAUCUGCCUUCCGAUGGACAUUGAAACUCCGGUUUCGCAGGGUUACGUGGUGGCUGUGUUGGUCAUAAACGUGGCAGCCUUUUUAAUGGUCUGUUCCAGCUACGCCGGGAUAUACCUAAGCGUGCGCAACCCGAACGUACCGACACGUCACGGACACACGAGGAUGGCCAAACGAAUGGCGGUGCUCAUCUUUACGGACUUCCUGUGCAUGGCACCCAUCUCGUUCUUCGCCAUUUCCGCCGCUUUGCACAUGCCUCUCAUUUCGGUCUCCCAAUCCAAAAUCCUGCUCAUCCUUUUCUACCCAAUCAACUCGCUGUGCAACCCGUUUCUGUACACCAUAUUCACACGAGCCUUCCGCAGGGACAUGUGUCUGCUUUUAAGCCGAUGCGGUUGCUGCCACGCUCAAGCGGAGUUCUACAGAUCGCAGGGUCUCUUGGGGUUCACCUUGGCUCCCAGGAAGAAGAGAGUGAGGAAACCUCACUCGAAAAAUUUCCGAGCGUACCACGUCAAGCUGCAGGGAUGCAUCUUCAAUAAAGCUGCAACAUGAGCGUCGCGUUCCAAUCAACUGAAUGACUGACGGCCAGGCAGCAGUCUGGGAACGCUGUACAUACUGUGAAUAUAUCGUACAUACUGUGAAUGCUCUUUAUAUAUUUUAAUUUAUUAUUCGGAUUUGUGUCCUGGACUGUGAAGCCAUGUUCUAAACUGGAUUUUCCUCUGCAGAAAUUAAUAAUUAAAAAUUUAUAUUUGUGGUU